AUUAAUUACCCAUAGCAUAGUGCAGCCACCGAACGUACUGAUAACUGGAUUGAAUGCAUUCGAUUGUGUGUGCAGUAGUUUGUUGUGUAAUGUGUGCACACCAGUGUACCAAUUACAGUGAUAUAGUGUAACGACACGACUCCCCCGCGUCGCGCUCGUCCGCCGUAGUUGCUGUUGUUCGGUGUAUGUUUUAAUUUGUCCCCGUCAACGGCUUUCGGAUUACUGUGUUAGUGCGUAUAGAUUGAAUAGCUUUUGGUUUAUAGACAUUAGCCGUCUCGCGUGUCGCGCGCGCCGUCUCUUUUUCCGCCGUCGCGCCGCUCGCCGCCCGCAGACUGCGACACCGCCGACGCCGUCGUCGUCGACGUUUUCCGACCGACCGAAUCGCAUCGCCAGCAAUCGGUGACGACUGCCGCCCGAGAGUCCGGCGAAAUGGACGCCGUCAAUCGGUUCACGUCCACUGGUGCCCACCGACCAACCGUCGUCGGCGUUUCUCUGUGAAUUCCACGCAAGUCGGACCCGUCGCAUCCGACACGAUGUCGCGCCGACCGCUUUUUGCGGUGCCGUCGUUCGCGGCAGCAACGGCGUUGCUGUUGAUAGGUCUGUGUACGGUUUCGUUCGCCCACUCUUCGAGGCAACAGAUCCAAGACGGAUCGAUCGGCGAUGACACGACCGGCCACCAUGGCCGGUGCGAGCCCAUCACCAUACCGUUUUGCAUGGGCAUAGCGUACAACGAAACGAUCAUGCCCAACUUGUUGGGCCAACAGCGUCAAGACGAAGCGGGCUUCGAAGUGCAGCAGUACUAUCCGCUGGUGAAAAUCCAGUGUUCGCAUGAUUUGCAAUUCUUUUUGUGCAGUGUUUUCGUUCCCGUCUGCACUAUUAUCGAAAGACCUAUCCCACCGUGUCGAUCACUGUGCGUGUCAGCUCGUAAUGGUUGUGAAUCGAUCAUGAAUCGUUUUCAAAUCGAAUGGCCCGAUAAUCUGGAAUGUUCAAAGUUCCCUGAAAACGGGCAACUCUGCGUUGGUGAGAAUAACGUAACAAACACUUCGCCGACACCGCAGACUGGCUUAAUAGAACAAAACGGAAAAGAUUUAUCAGCGCCAGGUUCUAGACACUUUUCAGGAGACCAAGGAUAUUCAAACAAUCCCAAUAGCUUUGACAUUGGAUUCGUUUGCCCACAACAAUUUCGAAUUGAGUCUAACAGUAAUAAAAAAAGAUCUGAUAGAAAUAAUCAAGUUUAUACAUUAAAAGUUGGCAAUAAAGUAGUAAAGGAUUGUGGUGUACCGUGUGAUGCAUUUUGGAGUCAAGAUCAAAUGCGCAAAGCUAGAUCAUGGGUGGCUUUGUGGUCUGUAUUGUGUGCUAUAUCCUGUUUAUUUACAUCUUUAACAUUUGCCAUCGACACUCACCGUUUUCGAUAUCCAGAACGACCAAUAAUAUUCUUGUCUUUAUGUUAUCUGAUGGUUUCCAUAUCUUAUCUGAUUGGAUAUUUAUCAGGAAACAACAUUGCGUGCAACAAGCAAAAUUUAAUUACUCAAGGUACAGAUGAUAAUGAAUGGUGCACUGUACUAUUUAUGGUGUCGUAUUUCUUUAGUACCGCAUCUUCUGUAUGGUGGGUUGUAUUGACAUUGACAUGGUUCCUGGCUGCGGGACUUAAAUGGGGACAUGAAGCUAUUGAAGCAAAUUCUCAUUAUUUCCACUUGGCGGCAUGGACAGUUCCUGCUGCUAAAACAAUUACAGUACUGGCUAUGGGAAAAAUUGAGGGUGAUGUGUUAACUGGUAUCUGUUCAAUGGCUGUUUGGAGUGAUGAUACUGCUGUGAGAGAUAUGGUGCUGAUUCCUUUAGUAGUAUACUUGAUCUUGGGUACAGCAUUUUGGAUGGCUGGAUUUGUUUCUUUAUGCCGCAUUCGAAAAGUAAUGAAACAUGAUGGCACCCGAGGCACUGACAAAUUGGAAAAAUUGAUGAUAAGAAUUGGGGUCUUUAGUGUUUUAUACACAGUACCUGCUGUGGCUCAAAUCUUAUGCUUAGUUUAUGAACAUGUCAAUCUCAGUUCAUGGAUUAUUAGUUGGCAUUCUACUCUUUGUCAAGAUCCAAAGUAUGCUCUACCAUGUCCUUCUCAACCCAGUGAUCCAGGAAGAAAACCUAGCUUUGAGGUGUUUAUAGCUAAAUAUUUUGUUUCAUUAUUAGUUGGUCUAACAUCGAGUGUUUGGAUUUGGUCUGGUAAAACUCUAAAUAGUUGGCAAAAAUUUUUGGCACGAAUUCGACCUAAUUCAGGUAAAUCUGAAGCGUAUGUUUAAUUAAGUUUAAGAUUUGGUUUAUUAAUGUAUCAUCAACAUUUGUUUUUUAAUUGAGAUUUCAUACAAAUUAAUAUAUUUUACUCCAACCACAGGACAUAUAUUAAUUAGGGAUGAUUUGAUACUACUUUUUGACUAUCCAAUUAUAUUAGCUUAAGUCCGACUUUCAAUGUACAUAUUAGUUAUCAAAAUUUGACCACCCCUUAAUUGAUAAAUAAUUAACAUCACUAAAUGUCAUGUAUAUAAUUAUACAUUCAGUGGUAAUUAAAUGUAUAUUUAUGUACAUAUAAAAUAAUAAUAAUCAUUAUUUAGGCUUGUUUAACAAUUUAUUAUUACUAAGUAGUAACAAUAAUCCUUGUUUCUUAGAAAUAUAAUAAUCAUUGAAGUUACGCUAGAAUUAUAUAUUUUUUUAAAUUUUAUACACCACAAUUUCUACUACUAUUAAUUAUGUAAUUUUAUGAUUUUCUAAUAAUAUGUUACACAUAUAUAUAUAUAUAUAUAUAUGUGUGUGUGUGUGUGUAUUUUUAUUUUAUCAGUGUUGGCUUAGCUAUAUUGGUAUUAACAUUAAUUAUUACAGGUAUUUAUAAUAUAACAAUUUAUUUUUUGAGUAUAAUUUGACAUAAAGACCUAGGACUGGAGCCACACUGGUUUCUUCAAGACUACUUUAAUUAUCUAAAACAACUAUAAAACUAUAUUGUUACCAAAUUCUGUCCUUUGAACAAACUUAUUAAGUAAUUUUUACAUAAAUAUUUAUUCAAUGUUAAUAUCAAGAACCAAUAAAAUAAAACAUCUGACGAUUUGUUUUUCUGUUAAAACUAUUAUAAACAUUUCUUUGUUAUACAACUGCCAUAAUUUUAACAUUAAGCUCAUAAGACAUUAUUCCAAAGUUUAAUUUUUAUGCCCUUAAUAUUAAUUAAACUAAAACCUUAUUUGAAUCUUCAUAUUUAUAUGUUUUGUUACAAUUAUUAUUGUGUUUAUUCAUUUUAAGUAUAAAACAUAGUUGUUAUGAUUAACUAUUACUCUCGCAAUACUAUAUGAACUUAAAUCAAAAUAAUCUUUAUAUUUAUAUCUUUACUGUCUACACUAAUUAUUUUGUUAAAUGUACAAUUCUCGUAGAUUCUCGGUAACUUGAAUGUUAACAUAUAAAUUUUAAAUAAUUGUAAUUUUUAGAAAGGACAUUGAUGGCAAUCGUUUUAAAAUAUUAUUCACGUAGUUUUUUUUUUCAAAUUUCAAAUUAUCGAGAAUAUACAAUUUAUUAACAUAAUCUUUAUUUUAUAUUUAUAAUCAUAUAUAUAUUAGUUACUAUUGACUGCAAUUAAUAUGGUAUUUAAUUCUUAUAUUUAUGUAUUUAGAUAAGACUAAGCAAUUUUUAUAUCAAUAUUAAAAAAACUGUGUUGAAAUGAUAUAUUUUAUACUUUUUGUAUGAAAUUACAAUUUUUGCAAAAUAAAUGGAAUACAUUUUCGUACAAAGAAAAA